UCUCUCUCUAUAUAUAUAUAUAUAUGAGAUAAUAGUUGAACUUCAUAAUUCUCCGGACAGCUCCUUGCCAUCUGAACGGUAGGGUUAGUUGUUUUGAAACAAGAUCUUUGUUGUCCUCAUUCCCGGGUAAAAAUCCACCCAAGUUACUCAUUGCCUGAUUAUUUUUUAUUCUGCCCAGCGAGAUCCUGGGUAACUUUUGGUUGACCCCGACCAAACAAAGGCAAGGCAGAUCCAUUGUACCUCGCCCCCCUCCCCUUGUUUGAGGUCGCCUCCUCCUCCUCUUCCUGGUCCCCUCUCCUUGCCCUGAGAGUUCAUGCUUGCUCCAUUCCUCUGUCUUCACGGCGUUGGCUUUCCUUGGCCCGAAAUAUAGCCACCAUUGAAACUACAAGGCACCAGAGGUUAGCAAAGUCAAUGGAGACAAUAGGCGUUGAUUUACCUGGGGUGGGGGCUUGGCUUGGCUUGGGGGGCUGGAGGGCGGAUGGGGCUGUGGGAGUUGUCCCAAGGAGCCGGCCAUCCGCGGUUGGGAGCAAACCAUUGCUACCUCUUCUUCCUCUUCGGGGAGGCACCACGCAUGACCGCACGCGGGUGUCCUCCCCCCUCUUCCCCCCUUAUAUUAUUUAGAGAAAUUUGUGGAAAUUAUGAGGUACACACACGAAAUCCGGUGAUCACCCUCCCCGCCUCGCCAUUGGCUGCGCGGGUCACGUGGGCGGCCAACUUUAUUCAGUUGACAGCAAGUAGGAGGGCUUUGUGGGGAAGGGGGGAGAAAAAAAAAGACAACACGAGAGGGAGAAAAAAAUUAGUAUUUUCCACCUCCCCGAAAUUAAUGGCCAUGAGUUCGUACAUGGUGAACUCGAAGUACGUGGACCCCAAAUUCCCGCCCUGCGAGGAGUACUUGCAGAGCAGCUACCUGGGCGAGCAGGGCGCCUCGGACUACUACUCGGCAGCCCCGCCGCCGGGCCCGCCGGCCUUCCAGCACCAGGGCAUCUACCCGCGGCCCAACUACGGAGAGCAGCCCUUCGGGUGCGGCGGAGAUGCCCCGGGACCGGCCGGGGGACCUCCUCCUCCUCCUCCGCCUCCGCCUCGGGGUCACGGGCAGGAGCAGCCUCGGCCGCAGGGGCCCUUCUCGGAGCCUGCCAGGCCCUGCGGGCAGCAGCAGCAGCAGCCCGGCCUCAAAAGCCCCCCCAACGGGUCCCCGGCGGCCCUGAAGCAGCCCGCGGUGGUUUAUCCCUGGAUGAAGAAAGUCCACGUGAACUCGGUGAAUCCGAAUUACACCGGAGGAGAACCGAAGCGCUCCCGGACCGCCUACACGCGGCAGCAGGUGCUGGAGCUGGAGAAGGAGUUCCACUUCAACCGGUACCUGACCAGGCGCCGCCGGAUCGAGAUCGCCCACACCUUGUGCCUCUCCGAGCGGCAGAUCAAGAUCUGGUUCCAGAACCGGCGCAUGAAGUGGAAGAAGGACCACAAGCUCCCCAACACCAAGGGCCGCUCUUCCUCCUCCUCUUCCUCCUCGGCUCCAACCUCGGUCCCCGGCCAACACCUACAGACCGUGUCCAAGGACCGUCAGGUGGACUUGACGACUUUGUAAGAUCCUGGGGUCCGCUUCCUCGGUUCGGAUCUAAAGGGGACAGGCACGAGGAGACUCAGGCGGCAAGGAUUGAGGGGAAGGACCCUCUUCCCUCGUGGGCUCCUCUCGAGCUGCGUCCACACCGGGACCACAACUCCCGAAGGGUCCUCACCCGGCGUUAAGGUACUGGAGACCAACCCAACGGGGGUUGUCGUCUUCCUUCCUUCCCUCCUUCCCUCCUUCCUUCCUUCCUAGGCAUCUUGCUCAACAGCAGGAACGGACAACCAAUCAAAGCAACCAACAAACUGCAUCCAGGUGGUGAGAAAGUGAUAUAAAUAUAUCUAUAUAGCUAUAAAAGAGAAUUAUUUUUAAAUAAAACUCAGUGGACAGACACACAACAAACGUGCUCUUGCUGGUGUUGCAGCUGCAAUCUACAAGUGGAAACUUGGGGUGGUUAUUAUGUACCUAUUUUUCUCUGGUUUUGGCCCCACUUCCAGAUACUCUUCGGGGGUUUGUCCUUUUUGGGUAAGUCCCAAAGCGAAAUCUUUGGGAAUGAUUGACGAAAAACGCCGAAGGGUCCCCUCCCCUUCCUCUGACUUUUCAGAAUUUUUUAAAAAAGGAAAUGAAACGGGUUGUUUUAAUUGUGUUUUUUAAAAAUUGUGUUAGUAUAUUUAUUUAUUUGUUUGUUUGUUGGGGGAACGUUAGAAACCAAAACCAAAAUAAACCCCCCAAAGAGGGUAAAAAUAGAGUCUUCUCCCUCCCCACUCCUACAAAGCUGGCUCUGAUUUGGUGUGUGAACAGUUUAAUCAAAUAAUAAUGGUCCCUCUUCCCUUCCAAUUCCUCGUUUUGGGCAUCUUCUGUACAUAGCAAAAACACGUUCUUUCUAGGAUUUAGAGAUGAGGGGGAAAUCUGAUAUCCUUUUGAAAUUAAAUGGACUCAAAACCUUUUCCUUUUCAUUCAUACCUUGUAUUUGGAGCCAGUGGGAAAAGGGUGGGCAAAUAUUAAAACAGAUUGUAAACAAACAAAACAAGAGAGAGAGAGAGAAACAAAAACAGCGAACAUUACAAGGAUUUUGUGACACCAGAGGAUAUGGUUUUUGUACUCAGCGAGGUGAUAUGAUGUGCUUUCUUUUAUCAUAUCUGGAUUCAAAAUGUGCUGAUUUAGUCGAAAAAGGAAACGAAAACUAUUGAUUUGGAUGGAAAGAUCCUUGAUUUCUUUGAUUAAAAGCCAAAGGGGGGAAAAUUGGAUAUAUUUGAAGGGCAUUUUAAGGGAAAGACCAGAUCGGGAUGAACUAUCCAUUCCUGUUUUCCAAACCGUUAUGUUUUGGUUCGGAUUAUUUUAAAGGAGAAAUGGUUUGGAUGUAGAGAAUGUAACUCGAUAAUGUUAGGACAUAAAAGAGAUUGGAAAGGCAGCUCCUUUCAUUCACACUUCGGAGGCAGGAAAGCAGUACACCUAAGCCGCAUCCAUGGGGAUAGGAAGGACAACUAAUAACAGACUGGACUCGUAUAUAUUAUCAUUCAGCCCACCUCCCCCUCUUACAUUUCCAAUACAUGCUUAGGUAGGUUUACUCGGAAGUAAGGUCCCUUCCACACAGAUGAAUAAAAUCCCGCAUUAUCUGCUUUGAACUGGGAUACAUGGCAGUGUGGACUCAGAUAACCCAGUUCAAAGCAGAUAUUGUGGGAUUUUCGGCCUUGAUGUUCUGGGAAGCUUUCCACACAGCUCUAUAUCUCAGAAUAUCAAGGCAGAAAAUCCCACAAUAUCUGCUUUGAACUGGGUUAUUUGAGUUCACACUCAGAUAAUAUGGGAUUUUCUGCCUUGAUAUUCUGGGAUAUAGGGCUGUGUAGAAGGGCGCAUAAUAUCCAUGCUGGUUGCAUUUUGAAGGAAUUUUUGGGAAUUUCUCAAACUGGAGGAUCUCUGCCUCAUAGCAAUGGAAUGUUUUCACAAAAAGUAUGACUAGAAAUAGAGAGAGAGAGAGAGAGAGAGAAGAGGUGAGAUUUGUCUCUGCUAUACCCUAGCUGAGAUCCCUCUCGCAAUUUUUAUUUUAUCAUAGCCUUCAUGAAGUCUUAACUAGAUUGUCUUGAAUGUUGGGAUUGGUCUCCUGGCUAGCAGAGCUCUCUCUGCCCCGUAAUAUAUUUCAAUUUCCGGGAACCCAUCCCACGGGGAGUGGGAAACCGUUCUUUUGCCCCUGGACUGAGCGUGCUUCUUUUGGGCGACCAGGAGAGAAGGCUUGCAAGGCUCUCUGGGAUCGGGACCCUGGAAAGCCACGAGGCUCUUUGUGCCUGGUCCCAGGCCCCCUUCUUUGUUCUGCCUCUCUUUCCCCCUUGGGAACCAAGAGCCCCACUUCUCAGGCCCCUGAAUAUCUGCCCAUCCUGAUAUAGAAAGAUGGAUAUUCCUGUCUGAUCCGCGUCAUUGUCUACAGGACAAAAAAAAUAUUCGCCCGGGUUCAUCCAGAGUGAAGGCGUCUUCUUCCUUGACGCCUUCACGUCGAGAGGCUGAAAAGCUUCAUUCCUUCUCCCUCUCCCACUUCUUUUCCACUGAAGUUCGGCUAAAUUGGAGAAACAGGUUCAUCCAGAGGACACGUUUUUCUAUUCCGUUCGCCCGCAUUUCAGCCCGGGAGGAAUGACCUCUAAACCCUUAACCUCUUGGACCUAGAAGAGUCCCCCUGCCUCUUUUUUUUUGUAAAAGAAACGCAGGGCCUCCAGUUCUUGAGGCUACAAUCCUAAGCUCCCCCCCCCCCCCCCCCCCCCC